GUCAAAUGUGUUCCUAACUUGAAUUUUAAUAUUAAGUAUUUUGAAUUUUUCAUAUUUUCAUAUUUCUCAUGAAAUGGCAUCGGCGUUAGAACAAUUUGUUAAUACAGUUAGAACUUCAUCUUCUCAUGGUAAUUUCAGAGAACUAUGUGAAUAUUUAAAUAAAACCAGUGAUGUUCUGGUUAAAAAUGCCCAACACUUGGAUAAUGUACUGGAAACAUUGGAUAUACAACAACACUCUCUAGGCAUUCUGGCAGUGCUGUGUGCUAAAUUUAGUGGCCAGUCCCAGUCAAAUGCUCCUGAUAAUCAUUUCACAAUGACACAGGAUUUUGUAUUGAAUUGUAAUGGAGAGCAAAUAAGAUUUGCACCUGACACCUUUGCAGAACUGUGCCACUCUCUCACAACUUAUUUAAUCGAACAGAGGCAACCUCUCAAAGGAGUUGUCCUCCUCCAAAAAGCCAUUUCAAAAUUACGCCUGUUCGAUACACAACUUACCUCAAUACAUGCUGAUCUCUGCCAGCUUUGUUUAUUGGCAAAAUGUUUUAAACCUGCAUUAGAACUAUUAGAUAAUGAUAUUACUGGAAUUUGUCAUGAGGUUACCCAUAAUCCAAAUGGAUCUCAGUUUGAUUCAAAAUAUUUUUUAUUGUACUAUUAUUAUGGUGGAAUGAUCUAUCUAGCUGUACGUAAUUUAGAUAGGGCCUUAUAUUUUUUUGAAGUUGCAAUAACAACCCCUUCUCAUGCAGUUUCACAUAUUAUGCUAGAAGGAUUCAAGAAGUAUAUAUUGGUUUCACUGUUACUACAUGGAAAGAUUCAGGUGAUUCCAAAGUAUGCCUCACAAGUGGUGACAAGAUUUAUCAAACCAUUAUCACAACCUUACUAUGAAUUAGCAAAUGCCUUCACGUCUAAUAAUACUGCUGAAUUGAAUACAGUACUUAAUAAACAUAAUGAGGUGUUUACCAGGGAUCACAACAUAGGACUAGUGAAGCAAGUUUCUUCAGUUCUUUACAAGAAGAAUAUUCAAAGGCUUACAAAGACAUUUCUGACACUUAGCUUAUCCGAUGUUGCAAGCAGGGUGGGCCUUGCAAGUCCAGCUGAGGCUGAAUGUCAUAUUCUGCAAAUGAUAGAGAAGCAACAGAUCUUUGCUACAAUUAAUCAAAAAGACGGCAUGGUGGUCUUCAGAGAUGAACCAGAUAAAUAUGGAGGUCCUGAUGUACUGAAAGGCUUAGAAGAUCAAUUGGCGAUGUGUAUGGAAUUAGACAAACAAAUUUUGAUGAUGGAUGAAGAGAUUCAAGUGAAUCCGCAGUAUGUGAAGAAAUCUUCCGGUUUACAGGAAGAAGAUCAACCAAGCAAAAGUACCUACGCUAUGUAAUAAUUUAAUAGUUGGUUGUACAGUUAUUGAGUAAUAAUUAUUAGAAACAUCCGAAAUGGCAUGUGUGAAGUUCAAUACACUUUUCAUCAUAUUUUUAAAUCGAAAUAAUAAAUUAUAUACAUUUU